AUGAGAUAUCAGACUACGCCUCCGCUCAGCAGAGUAGGCCCGACAGUAUCUCUACGUGAUAUCGAACCUAAUUUUGUAGGUCCCAUUGAGAAUGUCACAGUAGCCUUGGGAAGGGAAGCUGUGCUCACUUGCUCCGUUUCUGACAUUGGGGAUUACAAGGUCGCGUGGAUCAGAGCUGACGAUCAAACAAUCCUGACGCUGCACACACGUUUGGUGACUCAUAGCUCUCGUUACGCAGUCACAAACGACUCUCCCGGGUCCUGGCAGUUACAUAUCCGACCUCUAAAAGUAGAGGAUCGAGGUUGCUAUAUGUGCCAAAUCAACACCAGUACUAUGAAGAAGCAGAUUGGUUGUGUUGAUGUGUUAGUUCCACCAAAUAUCAUAGACGAAGGAACCAGCGGAGACAUCGUCUCUCGAGAGGGCACUGACGUCAGUAUAUCUUGCAAGGCGAAUGGAAGGCCACUUCCUCGCAUACUUUGGAGAAGAGAAGAUGGUACCAACAUACAGCUCCGAAAUGAGGACGGAGAACUUUAUAAAGUGGAUAUGUUCACGGGCCCUUCAUUAAACCUCACGAAGGUCGAACGUCGUCAAAUGGGCGCAUACCUAUGUAUAGCGUCUAAUGAUGUGCCACCGUCUGUCAGCAAGCGGAUCAUGUUAAGUGUAAAUUUUGGACCUUCUAUAACGAUAUCGCCAAAAGUCAUCGGUGUUCCCACUGGCUCGCAAACUGACCUCGAAUGCCUCGUAGAAGCAUAUCCUCCUGCUAUCAACUAUUGGUUAAAGAGUGGAGAAGAAAUGAUACUCUCUGGGGGAAAACAUGAAAUUAGUGAAGUUCGUAUCUCGUCUUACCAAACACGAACCAUUUUAACCAUCACUGAAUUUGAUAACCACGAUGCUGGCACGUACACUUGUGUUGCCACUAACACUAUUGGAAAGGCCGAGGGUAUCGUAAGAUUAUACGAAAUAGAGAUAACAACAACAACAACGACGACAACCACAACAACUACAACAACCACGACAACAACCACGCCGGCUCCAACUACAACGGAAUUUACAACACCACCACAUUACGUGGUGGCGCUACAACCUGCUGAGCAAAAAUUUUUUACGCCGGAUGUUACAACCUAUGAUACUAUGCAGAAUGUCAUUGAGCAGUCUGUCCUCGAUAACAACUGGCAGCCAACGGCAGAGUCAGCCGGAUACACUCGUCAUGCGUCAAUCCCUCUUACAAUAAUAACUAUACUACCCACAUUAGUACGUUAUUUUAGCAAUGUUUUAAACUUAUUUGUUAUUAGUCAUAAACAAAUAAUACGAGCUGCGAGA